AUGGUCUUCAUGAUUGUCGUGGUGGUCAGAGUGGUCAUCGUGAUUGUCGCCGUGGUGGUCGUGGUGGUUGUAAUGGUUAUCUUGAUCAUAGUACUCAUGACCCUUCUUCUAUCAGGGAUAGUAGUUGUAGAAAUGAGAUCGUCGUCCUUGAGAAGCCAACCCCCAGAGGUACUAUCGGUGCUUGGCCAGAAAAAGAAUAAGGGACUGGAAUUGCUUGGUGUAUUGAAGAACACAGGUGAUAGGGUUUACGUAGGCUGGCAUAGGAACUUGCUGUCCUGGGAGCCUGUCAUCUAUAGUGUACGCCUGAGUAUCAUCAUCGUCGAAGAAGCAAGCCGUAACUCUCAGAGAAGAGCGAGAAGAAAUGAGGACUUUUGGUUUUUGGGUGCUAGUAGUAUUAGCCGUCACCUCGUUCUAAUUUUCGUUUUGUUCCAGAAGGUAGCCGGGGAAGAUAGCCACGAUAGUGGCACUUGCAAGAAAGUAAAGGGUAUGACAGCCCUCAUAUUGGAAAAUAGCAGGAAAGGGCUCUGGAGUGAUCUUGUUUACUAUGAGAAGAUGAAGCUUGUUUGCAGAUUUCCGAGAAAAGGUGAUGGAAUGGAUGAAAGUGAGCAUGCCGUUCUCAUGAGCGUAGUUGAGCUGACUAGACUGAAUUCUAUCAGUCUUCCACAAAUAUCUAGCACCCAUCAAACCUGGAGAAGAGAGCCCGCAGCCCUUGGAGCUGGGCUAGGUAUCGCCAGCGGCGUCGGGGUUUAUGCUUGGAGAAUAGUGAAAAAUUAG